UGUAGUGCGUGAACACACAAAAUAUCAUGUGAACCAGAAAAAUCAAAUUUUCAUAUUGAUGUCAGCUCUUACAUCAUCUCCAAUGGUUCCUGGUGGAGCAGCCUUGAAUCUUAUUACUCUAUAAAACCAACUGCAAAAUACUCAUAUUGAUGGGUCUCUUCACACUUCACCGCUCCAUAUUAGUCCCAUGACUUCCAUACCCAAUCAACUUCACUUUGCCUUGUUUCCAUUCAUGGCUCAGGGCCACAUAACCCCCAUGAUAGAUAUUGCUAAACUAUUUGCAGAGCACAAUGUCAUGAUAACCAUAAUCACGACACCAGUAAAUGCAGCCCGGUUUAAGCCGAUUCUUGAUCGCGCCAUGGAAUCAGGGCUGCCAAUCCAACUAUUGCUACUUCAGUUUCCAUGCGCAGCAGCAGGAUUACCUGAUGGAUGCGAGAGCAUGGACAUGCUGCCUUCACUAGACUUGGGCUCAAAAUUUUUCGAUGGGACGAACUUGCUACUCGAGCAAGCAGAGAAAUUGUUUGAAGGGUUAGAACCGAAGCCAAGCUGCAUUAUAUCUGACCAGUGCUUGCCAUACACAAUCCACAUUGCUAAGAAGUAUAGUGUCCCAAGAAUUUCAUUCGAUGGCUGUUGUUGCUUUUCUGAGUUGUGCUUACAUAAUUUGCAUGUUUCCAAUGUUCUGGAGAGCAUUAGCUCUGAAGAUGAAUACUUUGUUGUGCCAGGUUUGUCUGAUCGCAUUGAAAUAACUAAAGCACACCUACCCAAAUACAAUAUAUUUUCAAAAUCAGAGAAGUACGUAAAUGAAAUACUCAUGGCAGAGGAGAGGUCAUAUGGUUUCAUCAUUAACACAUUCGAAGAGCUGGAGCAAGAGUACGUGAACGUGUACAAGGAGGCAAGAGAAAAUAAAGUGUGGUGUGUUGGUCCUGUUUCACUGAGCAACAAAAACAAGUUAGAUAAAGUUCAGAGGGGUAACAAGACCUCCAUUGAAGAAUAUGAAUGCACAAAGUGGCUUGAAUCAUGGCAACCUGGUUCUGUACUCUAUGUUUGUCUAGGAAGUCUUUGUAAUUUGAUACCAUCACACUUGAUAGAGCUUGCAUUGGGUCUAGAAGAAUCUGGCAAGCCAUUCAUUUGGGCAAUAAGGGGAGGAGACAAAACAAAAGAUCUUGAGAAUUGGGUUUUAGAGAAUGGAUAUGAAGAAAGGAUCAAAGGAAGAGGACUUCUGAUUCGAGGUUGGGCUCCACAAAUACUAAUCCUGUCACACCCUGCAAUUGGAGGGUUUUUAACACAUUGUGGUUGGAAUUCCACACUUGAAGGAAUAUGUGCCGGUGUGCCAAUGAUCACAUGGCCUCUUUUUGCAGAUCAAUUUCUUAAUGAGAAGUUAAUUGUGCAAAUUUUAAGAAUUGGUGUGAGGGUUGGGGCCGAUGUUCCUUUACGAUGGGGAGAGGAAGAGGCGAUAGGGUUAUUCGUGAAGAAGGAAGAUGUAAAGAAUGCCAUAGAAAAGUUGAUGGGUCAAGGAGAAGAGGAGGAAGGGAAAAGACAGAGAGCAAGAGAGCUUGGGGAGAUGUCUAAGAGAGCAUCGGAGGAAGGUGGAUCUUCGCAACUCAACAUUGCAUUGUUGAUAGAAGAAAUCAGGCAACGAACAUGCCAUGAAGAACCAAUCUAGUGCUUAUAUCAACAUCCUCAUUCAUCAAAGCUUGAAUCCUAAACAAUCUAGUGCUUCACAAGCUGGAGAAAUUUAGUCCGUUUAUUGCAAACUGACAAAUUGUUAUGCAUUAGUCCAUUCGUCCCAAAUCCUACAAAUUGCUUGUUUGAUCAUCUUCCUCUUAUAUUUUCUUGUCUAACCUUCCUCUCUCACUCUCUCCAGAUUCCAUAACAGAAGCAGAAAAAAAAAUUUCAAGUA